AUGGCGGUGCUGGUGCGGCGAGCUGCGGUGUCGGUGGAGGAUAGUCACCUGUCAUCUACGAUAAAUGAAACUCACUCUACCAUCCUCUUUCUCUCUCUCUCUUUGUUUUUGGUCUGUUCAGAGAUGGUGAGGAAGAAGAAUCCCCCUAUCCGGAGCGUUGGAGGCGAGGAGGAGGAGGAGGAAGAGGAGGGGAGGAGGCGAGUUGGUGAAGAGGAGGAAGAGGGAGAGGAGGAGGGACGGGUCGGCGCGGAAGCGGAGCGAAUAAUCCGGCCGUCGGAACCUGAGUCCUCCGGCCGGACGAGAGGAGACGAGGAGCAGGAGGACGAGGAGGAGGGAGAGAGCGAGUGCGUCUCCUCCUCUGUCUCCCCGUUGUCCGUCGGAGCACGGGACGAGCGCUACAGCGGCAACGAGCGAGGGGGGAGGCGAGCAGGCGGUGCGCGAGUCAGACAAGGACACGAGGCUUUGACGGACAGGCCUGAGAGCCAGUCGGAGCCCGAGGACGGGGAGAGGGGAGGAGAGGAGGGAGGGAGGAGGGAGCGAGAGAGCGGAGUGGGCAACCACCUCACUCCCCCUCUUCUACCGCCUCCCCACGUCCCUCCGUCCAGGCUGGAAGGAGGGGAGGAGCCCACGGCCGAGACCCCUCCACUUUCGGCGAGCCCCUCCCCGAAACUGCAGGACUUCAAGUGCAACGUGUGUGGCUACGGUUACUAUGGUAACGACCCCGCCGACCUGGUGAAACACUUCAGGAAGUACCACUUGGGUCUCCAUAACCGCACGCGGCAGGAUGCUGCCUUGGACACACACAUCCUGGCCCUCCACAACAUGGCCCCCCAGCACACACAACAAGACCUUCAGGUGGGACCGGGGCAGAGGAACCAAGCCAAAGAGUUGGGGAAGACAAGGCAAGAUAUGCAUGGCCCACAGCACAGGACGGUGAUGAUGAACGGCACGUAUGACGUACAGGUGACGCUGGGCGGCACGCUAAUUGGGAUUGGCCGGAAGACCCCUGAUUGCCAGGGCAACACUAAGUACUUCCGCUGCAAAUUCUGCAACUUUACAUACAUGAGCAGCAGCUCCUUAGAACUUGAACAGCAUUUCCUGUCCUCACACCCAAAUAAGGUCAAAACUCCACCCACAACACCCCUGCUUGCCAAUAAUAGCCUGGUAACGCAUGACAACCAGGUGAAGGCCAAGAGUCAAGUUUUAGACGGGGCUGAACGGGUGGCAGUGAGAGCGGAGGACGAUUCUCUGGUUGGGUACUCCAUUCCCGUCAGAGGCUGUUCCGAUUCGCCAAGCUGGUCGGGGGAGGCAGGUCGAGGCCCCAUCCUGGCCUAUUAUUGGUGUAAAUAUUGUAGCUGGAGCUGUGAGUGGGCAGGAGGCGCCGGGAAGCUUUUAGAGCACUACGAACAAAGACACAGGGUGAACACAGGGGGUGCCAUGAGCCCCAACAACUCUAACUUCGGGGUAAUAGAAAGAGAGCGGGAGAGAGGAGGGAGAAGAGAAGGAGGUGAAAGAGAUCAUGUCAUCACCAAAAGUCGGAGUGACAUGUCAUCCACCCCAUCUAACAUGAACCAAGGUGACCCAAACAGCAGUGAUUCAGAAGCGGUUGUGACCAGCUAUAACUGUCAGUUGUGUGAUUUCCGGUACUCGAUGGCCCACAGUGCGGAUGUUAUCGUUGUCGCACCGUUGCUAUUGCACUACCAGCACAACCACUCCAUACACCGAUGCUGCAUUCAGCACUGCAUGUACUGUCCCCAGGGUCUCUGUCAGCCACACAAACACCUGGGAGAGGUGUCCCACCCCUUUGCCUGUCGGAAGCCCACGUGUCCAAAAUGCUGUACCAAGUUCCCACAAUCCACCAAACAACAGGAAGCCAUGGGUGCAAAACCUGGGAGCACCACCUCACCCAGUGUCACACCUCCUAAUCUUCGAGGUGAAGCUGGAGUGGUCUCUGGGGUCACCCAUUUGUGUGACCAGUGUGCGUUUGCCACCACCGACAUCGACGUGUUGCUGCAGCACUACGAGAGCUGCCAUACCCUGACCAGCCUAAAGGAGGCGACGCCUCACGUCAAGGCCGAGGAAGAGGCGGGGGGAGAGAAGGAGGGGAGAGGAGGGGAGAAAGAGUACUCUUGUACCAAGUGUCAUUUCAUCACGGAGGUGGAGGAGGAGAUUUUUAGACACUACAGGCGUGUCCACGCAUGUUGCCGUUGCCGACGGUGUGACUUCACCGCCCCUGAUUCUUCAGCCCUCCUCGACCACUUUAACUCCGCCCACUGUCACGACUCCUCCCCCAUAUUAAGCUCUUUAACAACAGCCUCGUUAGCCACCUCACUGACAACCUCGUUAAACCCCUCGUUAGUGCUCUCAGCCAAUGGCUGCUCAGCUCCCUCUACCUUAGCAAUCAAGGAGGAGAGCAAGGGGGAUCUUCGCCUCCUCUACUCUCUUGCACCUCCAGAGGGGAGGCUGGCGGAGGGAGGCAGGGAAGAUGGCGCAGGGGUGGUAAAGAACGAGGGAGCUGAGGAGAAAGAAAGGGAAGAGAGGGAGAAAGGCUGGGUGUUGGGGGAGACGAGAGGAGCGGGAGACAGAGGUGAGCAGGCCCACGGUUUGCUCUGGGUGCCAAAGGAGCGGAUAGGAGGUGAUAGAGGAGUAGAGAGAGGCACAGGAGGUGGUAGCCCCUCCCUUUUCCCCUCUCCCCUCGCACUGUCAUUCGUUCAAGCCAAUCACGAGGCCUCCCAACAGAAAAGGGGCGUGGCCUCACCCAGCAUGGUUUACCUGGGAGACACCAAGUAUUUGGGAGAUACCAAGUCGUUUUUGGGAGAUGCCAAGCCAUACACAGGAGGGAGGCCAGGAGGAGGGGGAGGGGAGAAGCAGAUCCAGAUGCCUCCUCAGCAGUACACAGGAGGAGGAGCGGGAGGAGGUGGCGGCGGUGGGGGAGGACAGGAGGCGAAAGGAGGAUCAGCUAAAGAGGAGUCCCAGUCCCUGCUACGGCGGCGAAGGGGUAGUGGUGUCUUCUGCGCUAAUUGUCUGACCACCAAGACAUCAUUAUGGCGGAAGAAUGCUAAUGGAGGCUAUGUCUGCAACGCCUGUGGUUUAUACCAAAAACUACAUUCUACACCCAGACCUCUGAACAUCAUAAAACAGAACAAUGGCGAACAAAUCAUCAGACGCCGGACCCGAAAACGCCUCAACCCUGAUUCGCUCUCAGCUGACAACACCGCCCCCAAGCAACAGCGAAUCACCAGCGAGGAGCGUCUGAAUGGGGAGGAACCAGACAGAGGCUGCCCACCAAUCAAAAACCAGCAGCCUUCACCGCGCUCCCGCUCCCCGCGGUCUACUCAAGCCUUCUUAGCCAAUCAAACUUUGGAGAUCCACAGACGCAUGCCUCCUCUGCUCCUCCCCUCCCACCCCACCUCCUCAUUGGUAACCGAGGGCAAUGGGGGCAUAGUUGAGGGAGGGAUGGUUCUGAAAGCCGAGGGAGGCAAAGGAGGAGGGGGAGGAUCCGAAAGGGGGAGUCCUAUUGAAAAGUAUAUGCGUCCAUCCAAACCUUCCAGUUAUUCUCCUCCUGGUUCACCCAUUGAAAAAUACCAGUAUCCCCUUUUCUCACUACCCCUCCCUUUAACCCUCUCACCUGACCUGUCCUCUGAAUCUGAUUGGCUGAGAUUCUGGACCAAGUACAAGAUGGCAGCCACCACCGCAGUACCAGCGAGUAUCAGUAACCUCAGCAGCCCAGGUAGCCUCGGUAAUAAUGCUCAUUAUCUUGGCACCAUGGUGAGUCCAAUACAGCACCAUCAGCCAAGCUACACGGUGCCUUACUGCGCUUCUCCCUACUCCCCGCUCCCUCCGCCUCCAGCACCUCCUCACUAUCCCCCUCCCCCUCUUCAUCCCCAGACCUCCUCAUCAUCAUCAUCAGAGAAUGAGGCUCCGCUGGAUCUUGCAAUAAGGCAAAGGGAUCCACACGCAAAUGCUACAAGUAUGCAGGUGGUAGCAAACAGCGCGGAGAGAAGACGGCAGGAAUCACCAUUAGCGGUUGAGAGGCGGAGAGAGAAAGCGAAAGAGGAGGAAGAAAGGAUGGAUGAAGGAGGAAGGCAAAGGGAAGAGGUAGGAAAGGAGGAAAAAGAUGAACUGGGAACAUCGAAAAGUCCAUCGAGGUUUGCGUCUAACCCCACAACAGCAGAUGCGGCCACGCAAGACGAUCUGAGUAAUCGCUGCAUCCACUGCGGGAUCUACUUCCUGGAUGAGGUCAUGUACGCACUGCACAUGAGUUGCCAUGGUGAUGGGGGACCAUACCAGUGUAGUUUCUGUCUUCAUGUGUGUUUGGAUCGAUAUGAUUUCACUACACACAUACAGAGGGGCCUACACAGAUACACGGAAAAAACCCAGAGGGGUCACAUGCAAGAGGACGACGUUCAAAAAGUAACACUGAUGUCAGUGAGCAAGCCGCAAAAUGCAACGAUGCUAGAGGAAAAGAACGGAGCUGACCGUGACGUUGUCACCCCUGAAGGUAAUGACGUCAUGAAGGUGUGCCAUGAUGCGAACUUUAAAGGAGUUCAAGGCAGUGACGCUGAUGAUGAUGAUGAUGAUGAUGAUGAUGUCAAAGAGGUUGAGAGGGAAGUAAGAGGCGAAAUUCAUGACAUCACCAACCAAGAAUUGGGAGGAAAGAUGGCGACAGAUAGUGGUGACGACUAUAGGCCACAGAGGUGUCCGGACUUUUCAGGAGGAGUCCGGGUUCAGGGAGGAGUCCGGGUUAAGGUCCUGGAUUCAGUGGAUUCGGGACCGGAUAUGGGCAAAGGCAAACUGGGCAACUGCCUCGAGCCCAUCCAACAGGAGGUUCCGGCGGACGGGUAA